AUGACAAGGCUACAGAUCGAUUUAGUUGAUAUGCGUACUAGACCAGAUAAAAUUGCAUCAGAUGUUGUUUUUAAUUGGAUUUUGAAUUGUAUCGAUCACUUUAGUAAAUUUUGUUGGGCUUUCCCGUUGAAAAGUAAAUCGGCUGUUGACGUUGCUGUUAAAUUAAGAGAGUUAUUUUUUGUUUUUGGUCCACCACGAUUGCUUCAUAGUGAUAAUGGAAAGGAGUUUGUUGCAAGCUUUAUAAUUGAAUUAAAAGAGUUGUUUCCAGAUCUGUGUUUUAUACGAGGACGCCUUCGCCAUCCUCAAAGUCAAGGUUGUAUCGAACGAGCAAAUGGUGUACUUUGUGACGCUCUUGGAAAAUGGCUAACAGCAAACAACACCAGUCAUUGGUCAGAAGGUCUUGUACCUGUAGUAUACGGAAUUAAUACAAGAGUCUCAAGUACUACAAAAAAAACACCGUAUGAAGUCAUGUUUGGUCAGUCAUCUCGCUUGAAUUCUGAAUUUUGGAGACUUGUCGAUCGAAAUAACAUUGUUGAUGAGGAUGAUUUACCAACACCAGUCGAUAAUAUGGACGAUACAGUUGUUGAUAAAAAAGAUGAUACAGUUGAUCUUGUUGAUAGCGACGUAAUUCCACUUAUUGAAAAGUUAACGGACGAUGUUGUUCCUAAUUCUAUAACUAAUCUGUUGCCACUAAAUUAUAAUAUGGCAGAUUUUGCUUCUGCAUCUGUUAUAAAUAAUUCAUUCACAAACGAUCUUAUUUCUUUUGAUUCACCAGAAAAAGAUACCAUUGAUUCUAAUAGUGAAUAUAAUUCAAAUAUAAAUACAAAUAAUUUACUCAAUUGUCUUCAAGAUGCUGAUUCGCUUUUAAAAUGUUCUAAUACGGAUUUUGCAUCAUCAUCUUUAACUGUAUCUGAGCCUCAAGCACAAUCAGCAAUAAGUAUUUUAAAUGAAAUUACGUCAUCAAGUUUUCUUUCAUGGUCGAAUACAGAUACUCCAGCUUCUCAAUCAAUCACUACUUCUUCGGGUCAGGAUUCUCCUUUAACACAAGCAUCUUCUACUACAUCACGUCAUGAUCUUAUACGUAAAACUGCUACCGAUAAUUACUUAAACACCGCAAAUAAAUAG